AUUUAUUCUACAGGAAUUUAAAGAAUGCAAAAUAGAGUAGGAUAAUAUAAAUAUGAAAACCUUUAAACUAGUUUUCCUUUAAAACUGCCACAGACUAGUAUGCACUUCCUGCUUCCUUCUUCCUUGUCUCUUGUGGCCCUUAUUAGUUUAAAACCAAACUCAGCUUUGUUAGGACGCUGUCGUCCUGAAUAAGGCAAAUAUAUCGUAACUAGGACUUCCAGGGACGUGGAGAACGCACAGACCAACGCACACAUGCUAACGCUGGCAGAGGUAAGUGGACGAGGGCAUUUGCAUCAGCGCGUUAUACAACUGGCGAGGUCAAAGUUUGUUUGGAUGAUGAGUCAACGCCGGGGCAUCGGCGUCGAGUCGUGAACGCCGUGGAGUGUCCUCGUGAGGCAGAGGAGGAGUGGGCAGAAGCUGCACCAAUACACAAUGAAGAGGCUUUAUUUAUCUUAUACAUAAUGUGCUAGAGGCAGGUGAUUUAUAGAAUGCUCAUAUACUGUAGCUAUCCAAUGUUAAUCACCUCUGCUGCAAAAAGCUCCAUGCAUGUGUUUCUCUUGUGACGGCGCCCUGAUGAUCUGUCCAUCAUCUGUUCGAUCCCACUGCUCAUUUAAGUGGCUCUAUAGCACAGCUGGGGAAGUCACGGACCAGCGCUCGGCCACAAUGGCGGCCGGCGGCCGGCGCCGGCCUGUCAGGCAUUCACGCCACGUAUCCACGGUCACAAUAGCCUCAUCAGUAGCCUCAUUGAGUCGGCCCUCGACGGUGGAGAGGGCUCGGCUGCCGCGGGCCCAACCGGCCGAGCGCUGAUCUGCACCACAGAGGCAUCAACAAUCAGAGUCCCCUUAAAUCUCCUUGAAGUGAUCUCUAAUUUGUCCUGAUUGCGUCCAGCGCCGUGCCAUUAUUCCACACGUGAUUAACACAAGCGAAGGCAACGUGCUAAAGCUAAGUGAAUUAUUUUAGCAGCAAAGUACAGAUCAGGUGGAUAAAGAAAAGGGGUGUGAGUCGAGGGCUGUCAGUGAGCUGUUGACCGCAUUCAGCGCGUAGAGGUCAGUCUGCGGGUGGGAGGAUAUUUACGUGCAGGUUUUCUGAGGUUUCGAGCGGCCGAUGAGGAGAAAUAACACAGAUCACUGAAGUCAUUCAGACCGUGAUGGUCGCUGUAAUGGAAGUGUAGGACACGGCAAGAUCACAGCGCUGAGGGUGUCAGAGGCGAUUCAAGGCUCACAAACUCCCACGUGUGCACAAACACAAAGAGCGAGAGGCCGCAGUGAUCAAUACCUCCAUCGAUCAGACACUCAACCUCCUCCUCAACUGCUGGAGCAAGAACACUGUUGAUCCUCUGUGUGAAUGAGGAGCGUUGACCGACUGUAAAAGUUUGUAAUUGUUAUUUAAACCAAGUUAUGUUGAUUAUUUAGUCCUGCAGCACACUCAUCCUUAUUAUGCCUGUGGUUCAGUGCAGGCAGACUCUGAUGAGCAGGUGGGAGAUGUCCUGGCUGAGCGACUUGCUCCUGAUCCAUCCACUUCAUUUUCAACAGCAUAAUUGUCCUCAAGCCUCUGUUCUCGUCUGAAUCCUGACGCAUUUCACCAAUGAUCUGUCGGCGGAGUGGCUCUGAAAGCAGCUCCUGCAACUUCAGCUCUGUGGACCUUGUUUGACAGCCGUGAAUGCAAAACUGUGGCAGGAGAUCUCUCCUAAGGAUGUUUCCACAAUCAGGGAAAUCGAUUGUCUUUGACAACUUUCCAGAUCCCACUGACACCUGGGAAAUCAUAGAGACAAUCGGGAAGGGGACGUACGGAAAGGUUUACAAGGUCCUCAACAAAAGCGAUGGGAGCAAAGCAGCAGUGAAGAUCCUGGAUCCCAUCCACGAUAUCGAUGAGGAGAUCGAAGCGGAGUACAACAUCCUCAAAGCGCUCUCCGACCACCCCAACGUGGUCAAGUUCUACGGGAUGUACUACAAGAAGGACGUGAAGUGUGGGGAUCAGCUGUGGCUGGUUCUGGAGCUUUGCAACGGCGGCUCGGUGACAGACCUGGCCAAAGGCAUGCUGAGGAGGGGCGACCGGAUGGAUGAAGCCAUAAUUGCGUACAUCCUACACGAGGCCCUGAUGGGCCUCCAGCACCUGCAUGUCAACAAGACCAUCCACCGUGACGUCAAGGGCAACAACAUCCUGCUGACGACGCAGGGAGGGAUCAAGCUGGUGGAUUUCGGUGUCUCGGCCCAGCUGACGAACACCCGUCUGAGGAGGAACACCUCUGUGGGGACUCCCUUCUGGAUGGCUCCUGAGGUUAUAGCCUGUGAGCAGCAGCUGGACUCCACCUACGAUGCUCGCUGUGACGUUUGGUCACUCGGCAUCACCGCCAUAGAGCUGGGGGACGGAGACCCGCCGCUGUCUGACCUCCACCCAAUGAGAGCGCUUUUCAAAAUACCCAGAAAUCCUCCGCCUACCCUCCACCAGCCGGAGCUGUGGUCAGACGACUUCAAUGAUUUCAUCUGCAAAUGUCUUAUUAAGGACUUUGAGCUCAGACCAAAUGUGCUAGACCUGCUCCAGCACGCCUUCAUCAAACAGACCGUCAACAGAGAGAAAGUACUGCAGAAACAACUCAUUGAACUCAUUGAUCUCAACCAACAAAUAGGAGGCAUUGAAAAAACAAGGCAUGAACGCAUCCACACCAAGAAAGGAAGCCAAAUGAAGGCCCAGACGGAUGACGACGAGGUGGACGACCUCGCCACCCUGGAGGUCCUCGAUGAGAACACGGUCACAGAGCAGCUCCAGAGUCGCUAUGGACAAGACCUCAUCUACACGUAUGUGGGGGACAUCCUCAUCGCGGUCAAUCCCUUCCAUAAGAUGGAGAUCUACUCUCCCCAGUACUCAAAGAUGUACAUUGGCGCCAAGCGCACGGCUAACCCGCCUCACAUCUUCGCUGUGGCUGACGUCGCCUAUCAGUCCAUGGUGUCCUACAACUCAGACCAGUGUGUCGUGAUCAGUGGGGAAAGUGGUGCUGGGAAAACAGAGAGCGCUCAUCUGUUGGUUCAGCAGCUGACAGUUCUUGGGAAGGCCAACAACCGGACGCUGCAGGAGAAGAUCCUGCUGGUCAACAGCCUGGUGGAGGCGUUCGGGAACGCCGGCACUGUCAUCAAUGACAACUCCAGCCGCUUCGGCAAAUAUCUGGAGAUGAAGUUCACUGGCGAGGGAACGGUGGUCGGGGCGCAGAUCUCCGAGUACCUGCUGGAGAAAUCCAGAGUCAUCCACCAGGCAGUAGGCGAAAGGAACUUCCACGUCUUCUACUACAUUUACGCUGGCCUGGCUGACCACAAGAAGCUGGCCCACUACAAGCUGUCUGACAGCAAAAUGCCCAAGUAUCUGUACAACGAGCACAUUAAAUUAGGGCCUGACAUAGUGAGCAACACCUUCUACAAGGAGCAGUUCGACGCAGUGGAGCAGUGCUUCAAAGUCAUCGGCUUUAGCCUGGAGGAGCUGGGCAGCGUGUACAGCACCCUGGCAGCCGUCCUCAACUCCGGCGACAUUGAGUUCUCGCCCGUUGCCUCGGAGCACCAGACGGACAAGAGCGACAUCACCAACAUCACGGUCCUAGAGAACGUGGCAUCGCUGCUCCGCAUCCGCUCAGAUGAGCUCCAGGAAGCCCUGACCUCCCACUGCGUCGUGGCCCGGGGGGAGACCAUCGUCAGGCCAAACACGGUGGAGAAGGCAGCGGAGGUGAGGGACGCCAUGAGCAAGGCUCUCUACGGCCGCCUCUUCAGCUGGAUUGUCAACCGGAUAAACGCGCUGCUGCGGCCGGACAGCCACCUGGGAGAAGACGACAAGGGCCUCAACAUCGGCAUCUUGGACAUCUUCGGUUUUGAGAACUUCAAGAAGAACUCCUUCGAGCAGCUCUGCAUCAACAUCGCCAACGAGCAGAUUCAGUUCUACUUCAACCAGCAUAUAUUCGUCUGGGAACAGGAUGAGUAUCUGAAUGAAGAGGUGGACGCUCGCAUGAUCGAAUAUGACGACAACCGGCCCCUCCUGGACCUGUUUCUGCAGAAGCCGAUGGGCAUGCUGUCACUUUUGGACGAAGAGAGUCGCUUCCCACAGGCCACGGACCAGACUCUUGUUGAGAAAUUUGAAGAUAAUCUCAAAACCAAAAGCUUCUGGAGACCAAAGAGGGUCGACCUCGGCUUUGGUAUCCAUCACUACGCUGGAAAGGUGAUCUACAACGCCGCAGGCUUCUUAGCCAAGAACAGAGACACCCUCCCAGCCGACAUCAUCCUGCUGCUGAGGUCAUCGGAGAACGAGCUUAUUCGCAAACUCGUCACGCAUCCUCUCACCAAAACAGGCAACCUUGCCCACACCAAGGGUAAAGGCAUAAACACAAUACGCAGCCCGCGCACCCAGACACGCACCAUCACCUUCGCCAAGAUGGGAGUGCUAACCUUGUACAGCUCUUUUUCCUUUAGUGAGUCAGGGGAGCAUGGGGACACACCUUACCACCCACGAGAAACCACAAACAUGAGGACACAGACGGUGUCCUCCUACUUCAGAUACUCUCUGAUGGACCUGCUGUCCAAGAUGGUGGCUGGGCAGCCUCACUUUGUGCGCUGCAUUAAGCCGAACAACGAUCGGCACGCCAACAAGUUUGACCGAGAAAAGGUUCUGGUUCAGUUACGAUACACCGGCGUUCUGGAGACGGCUAAGAUCAGGCGGCAAGGCUACUCCCACCGCAUCCUGUUUGCCAACUUCAUCAAGAGGUACUACUUCUUGGCUUUCCAUGCUCACGAGGAGCCAGCUGUGACUCCUGACACAUGUGCUGCAAUACUGGCAAAGGCCAAACUGGAAAACUGGGCCAUGGGGAAAACAAAAGUCUUUCUGAAGUACUACCACGUUCAACAUCUAAAUCUGAUGGUGCAACUGGCCACACAACGCAUCGUUCUGCUCCAGGCGUUCGUUCGAGGCUGGCUGGGAGCCAAGCGGUACCGACGGAUAUUAAAGGAGCGAGAACAGAGCGCGCUGGUGCUGCAGUCCGCUUACAGAGGUCAUAAAGUUCGGAAGCAGGUAGCAGAAGAUAAAAGUAAAGCUAAAUUUGAGGCCUUCAUCGUCCAGCUUCAGGCUGUUUGCAGGGGAUAUCUAGCAAAAAAGAAAUAUAAGGAGAUGGUAAAUGAGAAGAACAAAGCUGCAACCAAGAUUCAGGCGCAUUACAGAGGACACAGGGAAAGAAGAAGCUUCAAAAGGAAACGAGAAGCCAGAGAGAAGGAGCGAGCAGAGAAAGAAGAGGAAACCAAGGCAGCUGUGGUUCUCCAGAGUAACUACAGAGGCUACAAAGAGAGGCAAAGGUUUAAAGAAAGAAAAAAGACCAUGGCUGCAGGCGAACCGGACUCACCAGCAAACCCAGCGGAGGAAGACGAAGGUGUAGAGGACUCCAGCAAAGACAAGAGAGCUGAGAACGACGAGGAGGAAGAACAGAGUGUUGAAGCAGACGAAAAUGGCGACAGUGAUCUCACACAGGUGCCAGAAGAUGAUGAACACACAGACGUGGUGGAUGAAACAGCAGCUGCAGAAGCACAGGUGGAGGACACGAAGGAGGAAGAUGACUGGGACAAUGCUGCAGCAGAAGAGACUGACAACGUAGACGAGGAAACCAAGGCGGCCACUGUUAUCCAGAGUAACUUCAGAGGUCACAGAGAGAGGAAGAGGUUACAGGAAGAAGGUAAGAUCCCUGCCAAGAAACAUGGGGACGAACUCCCAACAGAUGAGGAGAACGUGCCAGAGGCUUCAGCUAAAGAUGAGGAUGAUGAUCCUGGACCUGUCAAGGCCGAAGACCCAGACGAGACCAAAGCAGCUGUGGUGAUCCAGAGCAACUUCCGCGGCCACAAGGAGCGCAAGCGACUGGAGGAGGAAGGCAAGAUGCCCAAAAGGAGGACGCAGGAGAAGGAGGCUCCUCCAGAACCUCCGGAGGAAGACGAACAAGUCACACUCACAGAGGAACCAACGGAGAACACAGAGAGAAUGGAUGAGGACAAAGCUGCUACUGUGCUUCAGAGUAACUUCAGAGGCCAACGAGACAGAAAGAAACUGAAGGCGGAACGAGCAGCGCAGCAGAACGCAAAGGAAGAAGCUGGCGGUGCAGAAGCAGAGGAGGCCCUGGACGUGACCGAUGUCCUGAUAGAACACAAAGACCAGGCCGACGCCGAGCAGCAACGGCUGGAAGAGGAGCAGGCGGCCGUGAAGAUCCAGAGUAACUUCAGGGGCUACAAAGAAAGAAAGAACCUGAAGGCCGAGAGGAACGAGGCUGAACAACUGCACAGCUUCUCCACAGAGAUUUCCAAGGCUUCUCAGGACUUCGCUGCCCUGCAGCAGAAGCUGAAUGACUUCAUCCAGGUCCAUCAGUCAAACCCAGACAACAAUGGCAUGUUUGUGAGGGGAACGACAAUCAAUGGCUACACUCACCAGGACCACCAAUCAACCGAGAAGCGCCUGUCGCGGCCCCCCCGAAGGACCCAGCAGCCGAAGACGCUGAACACCCCCGAGGACUCCACCUAUUACAAUCUGAUUCACAGGUCGGUUCAGGAUGAGAAACGCAAACCCAGGAAAGACGAUCCAGGGAAGCUGCUGGACGUUGACGACCAGUACUACAGGGCCCUGUCCACGGCCAGGUCCGAGCCCUCUGGGUCCACCAAGGAGGCGUCAUCGGGCCGACCGAGCAGGGAGCGGGCCGUGACAGACCCGGAGGCCAGCCGACCCGACAAAGACAACAGGCUCUCUGUUCCCAGAAUGCCCUCCACAGAGAGUCAGAGCGAGGACAACCCGUACGACUACAGGCGCCUGCUGAGGAAGACCUCCCAGAGACGAAGGCUCAUCAAACAGUACUAAGCACGAGACGAACAGGAACGACCUGAACCAGGAGGAAAACAACACGAUACAAUAACAAAUGACGCUAUGGUAUAUUUACUUUAAACGAUUACAGGUUCUCAAAUUGUGUGAAACUCCUUAGCUGCACACAAACGAAUGAAUCACAGGAUCAAGACAAAUGUAAAUAUUAAAAUGCUUUGGUUUUAUAAUUGAUGUACAGUAGAAAUGCAGAUCGUGCUCUCACAUAAUUCACAUUGAAACCAUUUUGAAAUCAGCUUCAGUGUUACUGUAUGAGAGGAGGUGCAUGGUUUCCGCUCCUGUCUUCUCAGAGCUGGUGAUUUUAACAUUAAAUAUUUCAACCUC